UUGAAUUGUGGUGUUGGCAAAGAAUAUUGAAUAUACCAUGGACUGCCAAAAGAACGAACAAAUCUGUCUUAGAAGUACAACCAGAAUUCUCCUUAGAAGCAAGGAUGGCGAGACUGUGUCUUACAUACUUUGGACAGGUUGUCAAGAGGGAUCAGUCUCUGGAGAAGGGCAUCAUGCUUUGCAGAGUACAGGGUCAGCGGAAAAGAAGAAGACCCUCAACGAGGUGGACUGACAGUGGCUGCAACCAUAAGCUCAGGCAUAACAACGAUUGUAGGGAUGGAGCAGGAUGGGACAGUGUUUCAUUCUGUUGUGCAUAGGGUUGCUAUGAGUCUGAACCGACUCGAUGGCACCUAACAACAACAACAACUUAAUGAAUAUCUUCAAUAUUUUGUGUCCAUAUUAGAAAAUCUGACUUGGUAGUCUGACCCACUUUGGUCAUUAGUCCUGUGACCUUGCGUAAGUCACUUUCUGUCUCUGCACUUUUGAUUGAUCUUUUAUGGAGUUGGUGGAUUGGGUUAUAUUAUUUCCAAAAUCCUUUUCACUGUAAAACCUAUUGUGAUAUCAAUAAACAGUAGUCAAAUUUUAUUUUCAUAGCCAUGCUUUAAAUUCAGAACCCUGAAAACUAUCCUUGCAAUGUUGAAAUAAGACAUAUCAGUAUCAUGCUGCUGGCUCUCAGUGCAGUCUUCUUUUCCAUUCUGACCCUAUUUUGUCAUUGCUACAGGGCAGCCACAGGAAUCUCAAAUGAUUCCAAAGGAGAACAGUACAGAGUUGACUGAGUUCAUUCUUGUGGGGUUAACCAAUGACCCAGAACUGCAGAUCCCGCUCUUCAUAACCUUUUUUCUCAUCUACCUCAUCACUCUGGUUGAGAACCUGGGGAUGAUCCUGUUGAUCCUGAUGGACUCUCGUCUCCACACUCCCAUGUACUUUUUCCUCAGUAACCUCUCUCUGGCCGACUUUGGUUACUCCUCAGCUGUUACUCCUAAGGUAAUGGCAGAAUUUCUCACAGGAGACAAAAUUGUCUCCUACAAUGCUUGUGCCACUCAGUUCUUCUUUUUUGUAGCCUUUAUCACUGUGGAAAGUUUUCUCUUGGCUGCAAUGGCUUAUGAUCGCUACGCAGCAGUGUGUAAACCCCUUCAUUACACCAUCACAGUGACGACAAAUGUAUGCGUUCUUCUGGCCAUAGGCUCCUAUGUCUGUGGUUUCCUGAAUGCUUCCAUCCACACUGGGAACAUUUUCAGGCUCUCCUUCUGCAGGUCCAACGUGAUUGAUCACUUUUUCUGUGAUGCUCCUCCUCUUCUGGCUCUCUCAUGCUCUGACAGAUACAUCAGUGAGAUAGUUAUUUUUUUGGUUGUAGGUUUCAAUGACCUCUUUUCUCUCCUGGUCAUCUUGAUCUCUUAUUUGUUUGUAUUUACCACUAUCCUGAGAAUGCGUUCACCGGAAGGACGCCAGAAGGCCUUUUCCACCUGUACUUCCCACCUCACUGCAGUCUCCAUCUUCUAUGGGACAGGCACCUUCAUGUACUUACAACCCAGCUCCAGUCACUCCCUGGGCACAGACAAAAUGGCAUCUGUGUUCUAUGCCAUAGUUAUCCCUAUGCUUAAUCCACUGGUCUACAGCCUUAGGAACAAAGAGGUCAAGACUGCCUUUCGGAAGGCUGUUGGGAAGGUAUAGACUUCUAUAAGAUUCAUAUUUUAAUUACAUAGAAUCCAA